UGAUUUCUGCAUAUUUAUAAAAUGUAAACAAAUGGUUUCGCGUACACAUCACGCUCAAUCUCAAUAACUAUUGACUACCUGUUCAUUUUAAACCACAGGUUAAACUUUCUGGUCUCUAUUAGCGUGUCCUACAUUAAAUUCCCUGCGGUGACGCACCCAAUGUUUUCAUGCGCAUGGUUCAGUCGGUGGGCACUAUGGCGCUGGCCAGACUUGGUAAAUGUUGUCGGUCGUUGGUACGUGAGUCCUCCAAAGGACUGUUCUGUGGAAUAUUACAGCCAGGUGUGAUUGAAGGCUGCAUAGGAGCUAAAAGGCAUCUGUUGUCAGAAGACAUCAUCAAACUACAAGACUUCCAGCAGAGGAAGCUUGCUGUAGCUCAUCUUGCCUAUGGAUCAAAAGGAAAUUAUUUUGAGCUGUUUAGCCAGAAGCUGCAGAAGAAUGAGCUGAUACUGAGAGAUGAGCUGAAGCUGCUACUUCACUUGUGCCAGUCUGCAGAUGACUUGGUUGUCGCCAGAGAUGCCCUUUAUCGGUAUCACGCAGAGAACCGCAAUCUACUUUAUGGAGAUUUUAAGUUCGGUCCUCUCUUCAUGAGACAGUGCUAUGAGCUGGGUAUGGAGGACCUGGCUGCUUCCACACUAAUAGAUAAGAAUAUGAGCGGAUUCUUCAGAGACACGACUUCCUUUAACAUCGCCAUAGACAUGUUAUUCACAAAAGGCUCUUAUGGAGAUGCCGUGGAGGUAUUAAGAACUAUGAACAGCCAAGGCAUAAAGUUCAACAAAGACACAUUGAUUCUGGCAUCUGGCACCUGCUACAAGCUGGACACAGCUGAGUCGCACAGGAUCUGCAACGCUCUGAUAGAGGAGGGACACAGCAUUGGCAACUUUAUCCCCAGACAUGCUUACUGCUUCGCUGUAGCAUUAGCACUAAGACAAAGUGAUACAGAAAAGGCAAAGUCAUUGUACUCUCAAAUAAUGAACACUGACAGCAGGUUGUGCCAGAACUUGAAGGUUGCAUUGCUAAUAACGGCUGGAGAGUUGAAGGAUGCCAUCUCCAUGCUGUCUGCAGCCUUAUCGCUAAAUAGUCCAGCUUUUGUGAAGAGGCUUGAAUUUUCUCAGGAGUUGAUGGAAAUGCUAAGGUUGCAGACUGAGGAUGGAUCAUUAAUGCUGAAAGUGGAGCGGAUAGUGACUCAGCUGGAGCGAGCCGGUCAGGUGACCCUUCACACCCUUGACGACAUGCUCUGCCACACACCGUCUGGGAGGAGGAAUCCAGCGCCAAUAGCGAUGGAGAGGAGAACAAGCAGAAGAACUCUGAAACCACUACAGUCAACUCUGCUGCUAGAGUGACAGGAACUGUGCACCAUCCAUGAGACGAAAAGGUCUUAUGCAGAUGGUCAAAAAACACAGACUCUGCUGGACUUGACUUUGAUAGAUGGCUUCAUCUACCUCUCCUUAAACACGCACACAUUUAUCCCUCUGCAGGUUAGACUUUCUCCUUUCUUCCAUAAUUUAACUUUUAAGCUCACGGUUCCUGUUCAUGCUUCGAAAGAAAUAACAAUAUGAAUCAGUAUUGAAAUACUGUGGAAUAAUGUUGUAUGUAUAAAUGUGUAAAUGAGCUAUUAAAGAUUAAUGGGUUAUUUAGAUAUGA